CCACUAUUGAUCCAACUCAUUGCCUAGGUGCUUUCCUUUUGACCUCUUGUUGUCUCCACGCCAUCUUCUAUCAGCAACACUGACCUCCUUGACCUCUUUCAUCACAUCUGUGUCCUCCAAAACCACCGCAACAAUGGCCUCUGGUUCUCCAAUCUGAACACCCUUCCUACGAUCUGGGUAAACUAUACGGGAGCUUGAGUGGGCUCACCACCUCCGCCUCAUCUCCUACCUCUGACACCAUGUCAUUUCCAAACAGACAUCAUCUACACGCACAAGUAACCCACUGGGCGACCGUCACUGUCGCCGUCACCACCUUCAUCUCCACCUCCACCUCCACCUUGACUUCCACUAUAUGACGAUACUUCACUCGGCUCUGGGGGAAUGAUGCUGUGGUAAGACGAAGGUUCCUUUCUAUCAUAUGUUGUAUGGGCUAUCACUUUCUGUCCACUAGGAGAUCCGCAGCAAAGACGGCUUGAAGAAUCCAGACGGCAAAGCCGGCCUCGUGUUGUCGCUCGAAGACUUUUGCCCUGUUGGAGGAGUCAUUGAUGUUGCACCUCUCAAGUCAGCCACCAUGACUCUGUCUACUGACGAUCUCCACGAUCUCAUUGAAUUCGCCGAGUUGGAGGAAGAGGCGUACAAGGCCGCUUGGGCUGAAUGAAUCCUCGAAUGGGGCAGGUGCCCGUCUGUCUGCCGACAUCACUGAGAUGGGAGGGACUGUGGUGUUGUGAACGAACUAUGAAAGAAUACCAGCUGGCGGCACUCCUUUCAGACCAGCAGGAGACCGUGAUAUUGUCAUUCAGCCCAGAGACGUACGCCUCCCAAAUGCUGGUGGCAGCGUCACCAACCGAGGCAGUAGCGGCGAGAAGAAAGACGAGGCCCAGGUGGGCAGUUGUUGUCAGGACUAUAAUCAUCCGCAAAUCGAGAGCUCUGAUUGGUGGAACUAGGCCGAACCUCCGACCUGAUAUAGACCUGGAUCAAUCCAGUGGUUUAGGCGCUGCGAUACCUCAAAAGACCUCGCUGAAAGGCGAAUCUGCUAUUAUCGUCCUAUUAACUGGCUAAAGGUCACUCUCAAGUUCUGUGG